UGGUCGGGUUCAAGUUUUGUACACCUGGCCACUUGAGUUAAGUGAAGUUGCCAGAAUUGAAGCAGAUCGCUUUGAGACAUCUUCUAAUUGAGAUUUCUCACGUGUUGCUAGUUCAUUGUGCCAAUCACCCGCAAUGAGACGAUUUGGUCGACCCAUCGGAAAUGCCGAUUCGUUGGCUUUUAUGCACUACCAUAAUACCAAAGAGCGGAAGGAAUUUGAAUUGGCAGGCCAUCCCACCAAUUAUUUCUACGGCACGAGCCAAGACCAAGGGAUUCAAGUGGCCAAGGUCGGGUUCUAUUCGGUGGAAAACAGCACCAAUCAUCGAACGGAGAAAUAUGAACAGGUCACCAUUCAUAAGAACCCCGUUUUCCGAAGGAGCAACUCAUUCUUCAUGGUCGUCGAGGCUGGGAAUCGUCCGCUUGACCUGCACAAAGAUGACGUACGACUGAUCUUUGAAUUUGGAUCUUUCGCCAGUGUACCCAAAGGAACGAAAGUGAUUGUACCGGUCACGAAUAAAUCUAGGUUGGAUAAUUCGCAUGACCAAUGGGAUGUUCUGAUUCAUCGAGAGGCUGGACCAAGUACGAUUUUACACGUUCAAAUUGGAUCCAAUGCCGCCGUGGGCCUCUGGAAAUGCAAGAUCGAAUCCGUGGUCAAAAGCGAUCCCUAUCAAUCCAAAAGCCUUCAUAUCUGCCAGAGACCGCUUUUCAUCAUAUUCAAUCCCUACAGCCCAAACGAUUCAACAUAUUACCCGAACCAAGGCGAGCUUGAGGAAUACAUCCAGAGUGACAGUGGCAAGAUUUGGAAAGGCAGCUACAAGCAGUACAACGGUCGACAUUGGCUCUACGGUCAAUUUGAAGACUUUGUUUUGCCAGCAUGCUGCUACAUCUUGGACAAAAGUGGUUUGAAACAAGGCGAGAGAUCGAACCCCGUUCGAGUGGCUCGCGCCAUCUCUGCCAUGGUCAACAGCGUCGAUGAUAACGGGGUCCUUGAAGGCAAAUGGAGCGUCCCUUAUGAUCAGGGUACCGCCCCUUGGGACUGGAACAACAGCGCCAAGAUCAUCGAACAAUACAUGAAUCAAAAUGGAAGUCCAGUGAAAUACGGUCAAUGUUGGGUCUUCUCAGCAGUGACAGUGACGAUUUGCCGAGCCUUGGGACUACCUUGUCGUUCCAUAAGUAAUUUCGUGUCGGCCCACGACACCAACCACAGCUUGACCAUCGACAAAUACUUCAAUGAGGACGGGGACGAGCUCUCAGCUGAAGAUAAUCCGGAGUUUGGCUACGACUCCAUAUGGAACUUUCAUGUGUGGAACGAUAUUUGGAUGGCCCGACCGGAUCUACCCUCGGGCUAUGGGGGUUGGCAAGCCAUUGAUUCCACUCCUCAGGAAGCAUCUGAUAAUGCAUACCAAUGUGGACCAGCUUCUGUUGAGGCAGUUCGGCGAGGGGAGAUUGGAUUAGGAUAUGACGUUCCAUUCUUGUUCUCAGAGGUCAAUGCUGAUAUCUGCCAUUUUGUCGAGGAUAAGACCUCCCCUUGGGGAUUCAAGAGAGCCAAGUUGAACAAAUAUCAUGUUGGUCGUUUGAUCCUUACAAAAGCCGUGGGGUAUUUGGAUGAAGAGGGUGAAAAGGACGCCGAGGACAUCACUUGGCAAUACAAAAACCCGGAGGGCACCAUCGACGAACGAUUGGCCGUAUUCAAUGCAGUGCGAGGGGUGGAAAAGACCAAGCGAUUCUACGAGAUCCCCACCAAGGAACAAGAAGACGUUCAUAUGGAACUGGUUGACCUAGAAAUCGAACGAUAUGGAUCACCUUUCAAGGCCCGAGUCACAUUAGAGAACCGGUCCAAUCAAGAUCGAACCUUAAAGGCCAUGCUCUCGUGCAGCUCUAUUUUUUACACCGGAGUGACUGCCAAUCCAAUCAAGAAAUCCCAAGGAGAAUUCGUACUAGGACCAAGACAAAAGGACACUCUAGCCUUAACUGUCUAUCCAGUGGAUUACAUGGGCCGAUUGGUGGACUAUUGCAUGAUGAAGAUCUAUACUCUUAUCAAUGUGAAGGAGACCAAUCAAACCUGGAGUGAAGAGGACGACUUUGUGCUUGAGAAACCCAAGUUGAAGAUCACGGUCUUGAAUCGCCUUCAAAUGGGUCGCUCUGGUCAGAUCCAAGUGAGCUUUAUGAACCCUUUGGAAGUACCUCUGACCCAAUGCAGGAUUACUUUGGAUGGCUCUGGAGCCUUUGAUGAGGUCAAGCACCAAUUGGGCGACAUCCCAGCCAUGGGAAGGUGUCUUCACACUCUGGUGGUCAGGCCCAAGAAACUCGGUUCCGGGGCUUUGGUGGCCACUUUCGCCUCGGAGGAGAUGAUUGAUGUGUAUGGCUCAUGUAAACUGGAAGUCUUUCACUA